AUGGAAAGGGAUGGUUCCGCGGGGAAAGCAGAGCCUUUUCACCAGGCAGGGGCGCGGGAGCAAUCAGGCGCAGGCGCAGCUGCGCGGACGGGAGCGCAGCAAGGGGCGCGGGGAUCACACUCGGGGGCUUGGGCUGGGCAACCGGGGGAAUGGGCGAGGGAGGCGGGGGCGGGGUGGGACGGUGACUGGCUGGGGGAGGCGCGGAGGCGCGCGGGGCCGUGGGAGGGGCGGCCGUUGGCGGUGGUGAGUCUGUUCGACGGGUGCGGCGCCAUCUGGCAGGCGCUGCACGACUGCGGCAUUCCGUUCACUGGCGUCAGCUCUGAAAUCGUGAGUGCAGAGCCGCUGGGUGUGUUGCUGCGUGUGCUGCACGCUGGGUGUGCUGCACGCUGGGUGUAUUCAGUCUUUUCCAGUCUUCUCAUCCCUCCCUCUCUUUUGAGUCGACUCAAAAGUCUUGUCCAGUCUUCUCAUCCCUCCCUCUCUUUUGAGUCGACUCAAAAGUCUUUUCCAGACCCAUUCGCAGUGGAGGUACAGCAGGACCCAUUCGCAGCGGAGGUGGUGAGGCACAGGCUGCACGGCCCGCGCAGUGGCCUCUUCUUCCACCUCCUGCGUCUCAUCCAGCACCUCUCCCCCAAACGGCUGCACGGCCCGCGCAGUGGCCUCUUCUUCCACCUCCUGCGCCUCAUUCAACAGCUCUCGCCCAGAUGGUUUCUGGUGGAGAACGUGGCGAGCAUGCAGUGGAUGCAUGGACCGAUUGACGCUGCUGCUGACUGGUUGCUCUCUUUGCCCACUCCCACAUGCACACUUACCCCCCGUUCCUCCUCCUCCACCAGGUUUCUGGUUGAAAACGUGGCGAGCAUGCAGUGGAUGGAUCGCGAUGAGAUCUCCAAGUAUCUGGGAGUGCCACCUAUCUGCAUCGACUGCGCCGACCUCACCGCACAGGCGCGGCGGCGGCUGUUUUGGACCAACCUGCCGCUGCCAGCUCAGAUGCCGCCCGUGCGCUGCCACCCGUCCACACUGCUGCAGAGCAAGCUGUGCGAUGCGAUCGCCACUGAAGACAAGUGCGGGCCCAUCAUGAAGACCAACUUCCGCACGGCCGGCAAGGGCCGCACCAAUCAGCCAAUCAUGAAGACCAAUUACCGCACAGCUGGCAAGGGCCGCACCAAUCAGGUCAUCUGCCUGCGAUCCCAUGCCGCCCGCUUCUUCCUUUCCCACGAGAUCGAGGGAAUCUUUGGAUUCCCGCCCGGAUACACCAAGAUCUCCGCCGCCCGGUUCGCUGCUAUCAAGGCGGGAAGGAGAGGGGCGACAGGGGGGAAAGCAGGGGCGGGGAAGGGGCAAGAAAAUGGUACAGGGAAUUGGGAGUCUGCUGGGGCUGAUUGUUUGAGAGGUGAGGAAAGGGAGGAGGAGAAAGAAGAUGUGAGGGAGGUGAAUAGCGAAGAAGGGGUGAAGAUCGAGAGAGGAGUGAUGAGUGAAGGAGUGAGGAGGGAGAGGGGAGUGAAGAGUGAAGGAGGGGUGAAGGAAGUCGAUGCAGCAGUUCCCAGCGACCCCUCCGUUCCACCUUUCUCCCCUGUGCGAGUGCUGAACAGAGCAGUGUUUGAUGGGGUGAGGGAGGUAAGAGAGGAGGAGGGAGAAGAAGCGGAGGUGAGGGAGGUUAAGGAGGGGGAGGUGAGGGGGGUGAGGGAGGUGAGUGCAUGCAUUGCUGGGGGAGAUGGAGGAAAGGGAGGUGCUGAGGGGUUUGAUGUGGUGGGAAGCGAUGGUGGGAAGUGGGUGUUGGGCGUUGCAGGAAAGGCGUGUGGAGAGAGGGGAAAACACAAGGGCGUAGAGGCGAGGAGGUGGGUGGAGGGGAAGAGGAAUGGAGUGGCGAAUGGAGAGAGGGAGGGAGGUGGAGGAAAGAGGAGGAGAGUCUGGAAGGGGCGAGAUGGAGGAGAGUUGCAGGGUGCGGCUCGGUGUGAUGCGGUGAGAAGCGGUGAUUGUGUGGAUGCUGAUGGUGAUGAGGGUGAUGAUGGUUUUGAUGGUUAUCAUGGUGGUGCUGCUGCCAAUGGUGCUUCAGGAUUGAAGAGUGAGAAUGCGGUGAAGAGUGGUGACGUUGGGGUGUUGAAGGAGGACAAUGCGGUGGAGAACGGUCAUGCCACGGAUCAUGAAGAUAGUGAAGACGAUGUGGUUGAAGUGCCACCAUCGGUAUUGGGGGACGAAAAGGAGGAGGGGCGUGCAACAGCAGCCCCAAGAGACGAGGCGGAGGCGGAGUGGGGCCAAGGGAAGGAGGGGGGGGGGGGGGGAAGGCGAGGGGAGACGAGUGCGGGGGAGGAGAGAGGGCAGGAGGAGCUGCAGGAGAGGGACCGAUGGGGCCUGCUGGGGAACUCGUUUCCAGUUGAGUGUCCCUGCCCGCCCGCCUGCCACUCACCCUUCUACCGAUUCUUCUCCUACUUGCUAAGCCUUUCCCUAUGCUGCUAUCUUCCCCUGCGACCAAUCCACCCCUCACCACCCUAUUAUUUCCCCCUUGCCUUAUCCAUCAUCAACCCCCCUCGUCUCCCUUAUCCCCCGUUCUUUUCUCCCAUAGGUGGCAGUGAUAUCAUACCUGCUCACGCCGCUGCUCUCCCCCACGCUGUGGCCGUGAUAUCAUACCUGCUCACGCCGCUGCUGUCCCCCUCGCUGCGCCUCUCCGCUCCUCCGUGUGCGCUGCCUGCCUGUGUGCCGCCCCAUGUCACCCGCGCCAAGUGCGCCCUCAUGGUGCCGGGGGAGUGCGCCCUCAUGGUGCCGGGGGAGGUGAGCGCACUUCAAGGCUGGUCCAAGCUACCCAAUUGGUACGCGCUGAUCCUCUCCGUGGAGGGCGGCAGAUUCGACACCGAGUCGCUGCGCAAGCCGACUCCUCUCUGCAUCACCUAG